CAGUAUUUUUAUUGGCGCUUUUAUAUCAGAAGAGCCUCGCGCGGUUUGCAGGAACUCACGGCGCGUGUCGCAGAGAGAGUAUGCAGCAUAUUAUAAUUAAUAAGGCGAUGGAGAAAUGUGUGUUUGUGCGAGUGCGUGAGUGUGAGAGACAGACUGGUGGGUGUGUCCCAGGGCUCCGGAGCCCGUCUGCCGCACCCGUCUCCCCGCCUGGUACCACCGCAUCCCCCGCACCGGGGUGGGGGUGGGUGGGGGAGGCUGAGGGUGGAGGGGAGGCGCUCCACCAGCAGGAGCGACGGUCGCAUCGGCCGGCGGGAGGAGGAUCGGGAGGAUCAGGGGAGAAGGAGGAGGAUCGGGAGCAGGAGGAGAACAUCCGGGUGCCGGACUCCUCCUCGCCGCAGUCGCGUUUCCGUGUCGGGGGUGCGGAGGAGAGAGAGAGAGAGAGAGCGAGAGAGAGAGAGAGAGAGAGAGAGAGAGAGAGAGACGCUGCGGAGCGCGCGCUGUGCGGGAUCACAUCGCCUCGUCUGGGCCGAAAAGCAGCGAUCGGAGGGACAGGAGACACGAGCGGAGCGGGACCGUGGCGCGAGGACACAUGGAUCCCUCGCUGACAGCAGCAGCAGCAGAGGCAGCGGCAGCGAUGUGAGGUGCGCGCGCGAAGAAGCUCCUCGGUGCGCGUGCUGCUCGGCCGACCCCCCGUUCCCCCGUCCCCCCCCCCUCCCUUGUCUCCUGUCCCCUGUCCCCCGUCCCCCGGUCCUCCGCCGUGUCGCCAUGAAGAAGUUCAACAUCAGGAAGGUGCUGGACGGCCUGACGGCCGCGUCCUCCUCCUCCUCAUCCUCCGCGCCCCCCCCACCGGGCACCCGGGAGAACGACGCGAUCCCGGAGAGCCUGCAGUCGGAGCACUUCCAGCUCUGCAAGACCGUGAGGCAUGGUUUCCCCUAUCAACCGUCUGCGAUGUCCUUCGACCCUGUGCAGAAGAUCCUGGCCAUCGGGACGCAGACCGGCGCCCUCAGGCUCUUCGGCCGUCCCGGGGUGGAAUGCUACUGCCAGCAUGACAGCGGGGCAGCAGUGAUUCAGCUGCAGUUCCUCAUCAAUGAGGGGGCGCUGGUGAGCGCCCUGGCAGACGACAGCAUUCACCUCUGGAACCUGAGGCAAAAGCGACCUGCGGUCCUUCAUUCGCUCAAAUUCAACAGGGAGAGGAUCACCUUCUGCCACCUGCCUUUCCAGAGCAAGUGGCUCUACAUCGGCACGGAAAGGGGCAACAUCCACAUCGUCAACGUGGAGUCCUUCACGCUCUCAGGCUACGUCAUCAUGUGGAACAAAGCCAUCGAACUGUCUUCUAAGGCCCACCCCGGACCGGUGGUCCAUAUAAGCGACAAUCCCAUGGAUGAAGGGAAGCUCAUAAUUGGAUUUGAAUCCGGCAUCGUGGUGCUGUGGGACCUGAAAUCAAAGAAAGCUGACUACCGUUACACUUACGACGAGGCGAUCCAUUCAGUGGCCUGGCACCAUGAAGGGAAGCAGUUCAUCUGCAGCCACUCGGACGGCACGCUGACCAUAUGGAAUGUCAAGUCCCCUGGCAAGCCCGCACAGACAAUCACCCCACACGGAAAGCAGCCAAAGGAUGGAAAGAAGCCUGAACCCUGCAAGCCCAUCCUGAAGGUGGAGUACAAGACCACCAGAGCCGGGGACCCCUUCAUGAUCCUGUCCGGGGGUCUGUCCUACGACACGGUGGGUAGAAGACCUUGCCUCACCGUGAUGCAUGGGAAGAGUACGGCUGUACUUGAGAUGGACUACCCCAUUGUGGACUUCCUGACGCUGUGCGAGACACCAUACCCCAACGAUUUUCAGGAACCGUACGCUGUCGUGGUCCUCCUCGAGAAGGAUUUAGUAGUUAUCGACCUCGCUCAAAACGGCUACCCGAUUUUUGAGAACCCGUAUCCGCUGACCAUCCACGAGUCCCCUGUGACGUGUUGUGAAUACUUUGCUGACUGUCCCGUAGACAUCAUACCUGCACUUUACUCUGUUGGGUCAAGACAGAAGCGGCAAGGUUACAGUAAAAAGGAGUGGCCCAUAAGUGGUGGUAACUGGGGGCUUGGCACUCAGAGCUACCCAGAGAUCAUCAUCACCGGACAUGCUGACGGGUCGGUGAAGUUCUGGGACGCAUCUGCAAUAAUGCUCCAGGUGCUGUACAAGCUGAAGACGGCCAAGGUGUUUGAGAAGUCCCGGAACAAGGAGGACAAGCCCUGCACGGACAUCGUGGACGAAGACCCCUUCGCCAUCCAGAUCAUGUCCUGGUGCGCGGAGAGCAGGAUGCUGUGUGUGGCGGGAGUGUCGGCGCACGUCAUCGUCUACCGCUUCAGCAAGCAGGAAGUGACCACGGAGGUGGUGCAGCUCCUGGAGGUCCGGCUGCAGUACGAACUGAACGACGCCGAUUCCCCGGAGACAGCGGCGGAGCAGCAGUCGCUCCCGGGCAGCACGUCGAGCCCCCAGACCAGCGCCCCGCCCUCACACCCGUCCACCAGCAGCAGCUCCUCAGACGGCAUCCGGGACAACGUGCCCUGCCUCAAGGUCCGCAGCGCACCCCUCAAGCAGUCACCAGGGUACCAGGUGGAACUCGUGGUGCAGCUGGUGUGGGUCAGCGGAGAGCCGCCCCAGCAGGUCACCAGCCUGGCCGUCAACUCCUCCUACGGGCUCAUGGCGUUCGGCAACAGUAACGGCCUGGCCAUCGUAGACUACCUUCAGAAGACCGUUCUGCUAAAUCUGGGGACGGUCGAGCUGUACGGUUCCAACGACCCCUACCAGAGGCAGCCGCGAUCGCCCCGGAAAUCGAGGCAGCCCUCCGGAGGUCUGUGCGACAUCAGCGAGGGUUCGACCACCUCGGAGGACCGCUGCAAAUCUCCCACUUCAGUGUUGGCGUCAAACCAUCAGCAGUUCCACAAUGGCGGCGGUAGAGGAGCUAAGAUGUCACGGAAAUUAAGUUUGCCUACUGAGCUAAAGCCAGACUUGGUCCUCCUGUCUGUAUGUCCUCUGCGGGCCGCCCCCCCAGACGCCCGGGACACCUCCUUCAGCCGCUCGCGCAGCUCCAGCGUGACGAGCAUCGACAAGGAGGCACGCGAGGCUAUCACGGCGCUGCACUUCGCCGACACGUUCGCCCGCAAGGGGGAGAACUGCGCCGCACCCACACUCUGGGUGGGCACCUCUCUGGGCACCGUGUUGGCCGUCGCUCUCAGCCUGCCCCCUGCAGGAGAGCAGAGGCUACUGCAGCCUGUCAUCGUGUCGCCGAGCGGCACGCAGAUCAGGCUGAAAGGGAGCAUCCUGAGGAUGGCCUUCCUGGACAGCGUGGGUGCCAUUCUCCCCCCUGCCCACGAGGCCUGGUACGAGCCCAACGCUCCCGACGAGCGAGAGGAGCGGGAGAAGGCACGCAAGAGACGGCCCGUGUCCGUGUCGCCCUCGGCCUCCCAGGAGCUCGGCGAGAUCCACUACGCCGUCGUGUGUUCCGAGAAGCAGGCCAAGGUGCUGGCUCUGCCCUCGCAGUCCUGCGUCUUCAAGCACAACAUCACGGAGACGUCCUUCGUGCUGCGCAGCGACGUCGUGCAGAUGAGCGGCAGCGUCUGCGUCACCUGCUUCUGCGCGAACGGCCACAUCAUGGCUCUGAGCUUGCCGAGUCUGAGACCGCUGCUGGACGUGAACUACCUGCCCCUGACGGACAUGCGCAUCGCCAGGACCUUCUGCUUCAGCAACAACGGGCAGGCCAUGUACCUGACGUCCCCCACGGAGAUCCAGAGGAUAACCUACAGCCAGGAAACGUGCGAGAACCUGCAGGAGAUGCUUGGUGAACUCUUCACGCCUGUGGAGACACCAGAAGCCCCCAACAGAGGCUUCUUCAAGGGGCUGUUUGGGGGUGGAGCCCAGUCCCUGGACCGGGAGGAGCUCUUCGGAGAGUCUGCGGCAGGGAAGGCAUCUCGGAGUCUCGCUCAGCACAUUCCGGGACCCGGCGGCAUCGAGGGGAUGAAGGGGGCGGCGUCGGGUGUGGUUGGGGAGCUGGCCCGUGCCCGCAUAGCGCUCGACGAGAGGGGGCAGAAACUUAGCGAGCUGGAGGAGAGGACGGCCGCCAUGAUGGCCAGCGCAGACUCCUUCUCCAAACACGCCCACGACAUGAUGCUGAAGUGCAAGGACAAGAAGUGGUACCAGUUCUGAUGAGGGCAGGGGGAGCCGAGGGGACUCCGUGCCAUUGGACACAGCGCCUCCCCCAAACCCCCAUCCCCACCCCCUCCCUAGCUCCCGACCUCCCGACCUCCCUUGGUUCUGCUGGACAGCGAGGGCAGGCCCCCAGAGGAUUGCUUCAGCACAGCACUGAGAUUCUGCCCUCCAACACCGUGGCUUCUGCUGGGAGGCGGACUGAGGGAAACGCAGAGGAGAGGAAUCACCUCCAUGGUGGCUUUUCCUUUGAUUGUUUGUUUCUUUGUUUCUUUAUUAUUUUGUUUGAGUGGUCCCUCCUCAGACCUGGAGGCUUCAUGGGGGGGGGGGGGGGGGUGCCCUUUCUGGGGGGGUUUAAGUUUCCAUUUCCAAGUGUCGUGUGCCACUCUGCUACCGCUGUCACAUCCUCCCCCGGGUCAAGAGCUAAAAGACAAAUGAAAAAUAAACA